AUUAGACUGACUAUAUAAAUAAGAGUCAGCAAUGACUGAGAUACAUCUUGAGCUGGUUUUUGAAAAGAGCAGAGGACUUGUGAAUAUUACACAAUCAUGAGUCAUUUGAUGGUUUUAUUUUAUUCCUGGCAUCUCCUAUUUGGCAGUUUGUUACUGAUAAAGACAUCUGACGCAGCUUAUCGCGUUGAUGCCCAUGAAAGAGCAAGGAGGAUGAUUUAUCAUCCCUCAGCUCCGUUUCAGCGGCGUCAUUUAGAUAAAGCUGAAGUAACAGUCAGAGAUCUUCUUGGUUUGAAGGAGUAUGAAGAAGUUGAAGAGUCAAACCGUAUCAAAACAGUUGAAGGCACAGAAGUUUUACGCUUACAAGAGAAGUUCUUAGGUGUUCCUGUUUUUGAUGCUUCAUUAACUGUUACAGAAGAUAAAGAUGGACAUUUGACUGGUGAUGCAACAGGAACAUUUAUUCAAGGAAUUGAAGAUGAUAUUACAAAUGUAAAACCAAAGCUUUCCAAAUCAGAUGUCUUUGAUAUUGCUUUUAAAGCAGAGGGAGAUGAGAUUUACGCAAAUAGUAUCGAACCAGAAUAUGAAAUUAUGAUUUUCAUGGAUGAAAAUGACAAACCUCGAUUAGUAUACAAUAUUAAUUAUCGAAUAGAAAAUGAAAUAGUUAUUAAACGGCCUACAUUUGUCAUUGAUGGUAACACUGGAGAAAUACUGUUGAAAUAUAACAAUUUAGAUACAAUUUCCAGAGUACUGACUGGUUCCGGCGGUAAUGAAAAAUCAGGAAUAUACAAAUUUAGUGAGAAAAAUCACAAAGCUUUUGUAACUCAAAUUGGUGACAUGUGUUUCCUUGAAAACAAUUAUGUAAAGGUUAUAGACAUGCAAAACAGUUUUGAGGCAGACUCUAAUAAUACAGAUCCUAUGUAUUAUCUUUGUGACGUUGGUUUUAAUGAUAGUGUCAAUGCAGCGUCAUCUCCAGCACUUGAUGCUUUCUAUUACGGCAGUGUAGUAUCUCAAAUGUUUCAGGAAUGGUAUAAUACUUCAAUACUAAACGAACAAGCUAUAUUGCGUGUUCACUUUGGAGAAGAUUUUGAAAACGCAUUUUGGGAUGGGACAUAUUGCACAUUUGGUGAUGGCUAUAAAUACUUUUAUCCUUUAACAGAUGCUGAUAUUAUCGGGCAUGAACUUGCCCAUGGCUUCACAGAACAACACUCUGGAUUGCUUUACUUUAAUCAGUCUGGAUCUAUGAAUGAGGCUUUUUCUGAUAUGACUGGAGAGGUCACUGAAGCUUAUGCAAGUGGGAAUGACUGGUUAAUUGGCUUCAACAUCAUGAAAGAUGAGGAAGCAUUGAGAUUUAUGGCAGACCCAUCCCUGGACAAUAUAUCUAUAAGUCAUGUAGAUAACUUCACUGAAAACACGGAUCCUCAUCAUGGAAGUGGGAUUUAUAAUUUUAUUUUUUACUACAUUGUACACGAAUUAAAAAUGGAUAUCAAGGAAGCUUAUCGAGUUUUCCUUAUUGCCAAUGAAAUAUAUUGGCAUCCUCAUACAGAUUUCACUUCAGGGGCUUGUGAUACUUUGAAGGUUGCCUAUGAUCUUGGGAAAGAUCUAACCCCCUUUAUUAAAGCCUAUGAACUUGUGGGAAUUAAACCAUGUGAUGUAGAGAAACAUAUUCGAGGAUUGCCAUUUAACAAAACAGUCUCAGGUAUCACAGUGUCAGUUAAAACAAACCCAGUCUUUGAUUUUGUUUAUCCAAGCUGGGCUGGGAAUAUUACAAUUACUGCCACUAGUAUGUGUGGCAAAGUUCAUAUUAAGGUAUCAAAGAGCAAUAUGAUAACAGAGGAAGAAGGUUCAGAUGGUUCAGAUCUAGUUACAUUAUUAGCUGAAGGCACAUCAGAAUUGAAUUUGGGGAAGCCUGAAGGACAUAAGUUCUUUGUCAAAUUAUCUCCAGAAUCUACUGAAAAUUUACAGGAUGUUAGUAUACGUGUUACUUAUGGCUGUGAUCCAGAUUAUGUUGGAGAGUCAUAUAUGAGUUAUAUAGUUCAAAUGAUGAUUUGUAAUGAAGAUUAUGGGCAUUAAAUAUAUAAUCAGACUAGCUUAAGGUGACACGCUCUACGCGCGGGUGAGUGUGUGGUUGUUACUUUGUGUUGCUUCCUUUCUAUAUCUUAUCAGCACAUUCUCCCUCUUUGUUUCUCUCUCCUUUCUCUCUCACUUUCCCACUCUCUUACUCUUCCUUUCUCUCGGACUCUCCCUCGCUUUCUCUUACUCUCUAUCUUUCUCUAUCUAUCUAUCUCCCAUUUAUAAAGAACAAAACAUCUUGAGUGAGUUGAGAAAGAAGUAUUUUGUAAGAUCAAUCACAAAUAUCAGGCAGCGACAACGAAAGGCCUGCUUCAAGGCAGACAGCAAAACACUAAAAUUUAGAAGGGACAGGCGAACUUGCGAGCUGAACAAAAAUGAAAAAAUAUUGGAAACUAAAUUUUUUAUCUUGAUGUAACAGAGAAUUCCUAAACACACCCUCCUGUGAAUUUUAAUCCCCUUCCAGUCCCAUUUAGACCCCUUUUCAUAUAGAAAUCCAAUUAGUAUCAACGUAAUCAUUCACCGUUCUGAAAGGCCUGUGGCGGGAAUAUUUAAACUUUUGCGGUUGUCAAAACUUUCUCUCUAUAAAUACAGACAGACAUACAGUAAGAGAGGUGGUGAUAGAAAGAAUAACAGCGACGGCGAAGCUGUCAAACGUCGUUAUAGAGAGUAAUUGGAGGGGAGGUAGGAAAGAGAGAGACGGAGGAAGAGAGGGUGAUAUACGAAAGGGAAAAAGCACAAACACUUGUCAAAAUGUGGGUUUUGUUGCCCUAGAAACCACAGCUUUUGAGAUAGGGGUUUCUAGCACUAGUCCACUCACUUCCUCGCCUCUUUUUACAUGUCCCUGUAAAUUUUGGAGCCAAUCCGAUCCCAUCUAGUACCCCUUAACCCGUUCCAAUCGCAAAAUGAGACAAACAAACUUUUCGCUUUUCAGCUUUAUAGAUGUUGAUGUUUAACUAAUGAUUUCAUGAAUAAUUAAUAUAUCCAAUAAUCUACAAUUUAAUCAAUAGAUAUUUCAUAAUUGCUUGCAUUUGCAGAUGAGAGCAAUUUUUUUUUUUUUUAUAUUUAAUUGAAAAUACAAAUGGAAAAUGAAAACAUACAUAAUUUGAAUCUUAAUUGUUACAUUAAAGAAUACCAUAUUUCAAA